CACACUUCCAACCGGCAGCUAAAAAGUUUAUAAUAUUUUCCGCCUAUGGCCCGACUUCGUUCAAACCACUGGACUUCGGUAUAAAAGCGGCUCCAAAUGGUGAAUAUAUCCACCAUAAACUGGGUCUUCGUCUGCGGCCUGUCCUUCUGCCUGGGCGGGAUUGCGGUGCUCAGUCUCAUGCCAUUGGGAUCAGACUGCGUGUGCCCGCUCUCCAAUCCGCUGGCCAAGUUUGCCGGUGAAGGAGGAGUAACCGUGAUAAAGAAAGAGGCAGCGGAUGAGAAGCAGCCACAGCCACAUGACCACGGCGCGUCCGCACACAAGAUGGCACUGCUGGUGCCGUUCCGGGACCGAUUUGAGGAACUCCUUCAGUUCGUGCCGCACAUGACCGCCUUUUUGAAGCGGCAGGGCGUGGCGCACCACAUCUUUGUGCUGAACCAAGUGGACAGGUUCCGCUUCAAUCGCGCCUCUCUCAUCAACGUGGGUUUCCAGUUUGCUAGCGAUGUGUACGAUUACAUUGCCAUGCACGACGUGGACUUGCUGCCCUUGAAUGACAAUCUGCACUAUGAGUAUCCCAGUAGUUUGGGACCACUGCACAUCGCCGGACCGAAGCUGCAUCCCAAAUACCACUAUGAUAACUUCGUCGGAGGAAUCUUGCUGGUGCGACGCGAGCACUUUAAACAGAUGAACGGCAUGUCGAAUCAGUACUGGGGCUGGGGAUUGGAGGACGACGAGUUCUUCGUGCGAAUCAGAGAUGCAGGAUUGCAGGUGACGCGGCCGCAGAACAUUAAGACUGGCACUAAUGAUACAUUCAGCCAUAUUCACAACCGCCAUCAUCGUAAGCGGGACACCCAGAAGUGCUUCAACCAGAAGGAGAUGACCCGCAAGCGGGACCACAAGACGGGCCUGGACAACGUGAAGUACAAAAUACUCAAGGUGCAUGAGAUGCUCAUUGACCAGGUGGCGGUGACCAUCCUCAACAUUUUGCUCGAUUGUGAUGUAAAUAAAACGCCUUGGUGCGACUGCUCCGGAACGGCAGCGGCUGCAUCGGCGGUACAAACCUGAUGGGUUGUGUUAAACCAAA